AUGAAAGAGAAAGUCCGAGCGCAUGCAGAAGCGAACGGUUACCGCAUCACCAUUCGAUCAUCCGGGGACAACAAGAUACGCUUUUGCUGCCAUCGUUCUGGGACGAAGCCUUCCCAAGACUCUUCUUCCCAGAAGACCGAUUGUCCCUUCGCCGUCAAUGCCUACGAGAUUCAAGCCUCUAACACCCCUAGCGAACUUCAGGCGAGAGUCACCAACAACUCACUACCACCCGCAGGUACCUGGAAGAUCUAUUACAAACACGUUGGUCACAAUCAUGGUCCCAUCGGAUCACAAACUCAGUCUGACUCCAAAAUAGAGAGUCAGACUGUCAUCAACCAACGCUCAACCCUCAUCUCCAACAAGCUAUCACAGCUUUCUGCUGUCGAUCGCACCGAAGCACUUGCCCAGAUCAAACAGGUCCUGGAACAGUUCAAACCCCUCCCAACUAGCGGUUCCCAAUUACAAUUGCAAUCAGCUCCUAUUGUGUUACAAGAACCGCCUAAGGAUACAAACCCAAGCCCAAUGCCAACAGUUGCCAAAAAAAAACGUAAGAAAACGAAGAAGAAAGCUACUGACCUCCCAGCCCGAACUUCAAUACCACCUCCUCCCGGUAACUUUUCCGAAAACGACACGGUCGCACCACGUGGCAACUAUUCAACCGACGGUGACGGUGUGGCCAACUCACCACGCUUACCUCCCAUCCCACCAAACUACGCACUGCUGAAACCAAGACGCGAAUCACAAGCCUUUGAUGCGGAUCCCAACAAGGGCCUUGUUGAUUACGAUUUGGACACAAUGCCUUCACCCAUACCCAUAACGGUAGCUCCUGCACCCUCGCGCAAGAGAAAAAAGACCAGCACUGAGGCCAUACCCAACAAAGGCACCAGCAUUCGUCGUUCAACCAGGCAGAAUCCUUUGCCUGCGCCAGCACUACCUGGAAUCCGCCGAUCUGCAAGGUCGACACGCCCAGGCGCAACAAAAGACAACCGAGUUCCCCAUUGGCUGCACGAGUAUGUCCAAAGGAUCUCUGACCCAGUUCCAGAUGGACAUUGUGGAUUUCGUGCGAUUGCAAUUAGUCUCGGCCGUUCAGAAGACGAAUGGCUGUCUGUUCGAGAAGAACUCAUAGCGGAACUCCAAACAAAAUCCGAUUUCUACAACAACUACUUCAAAGAACGGAAACGAGGAGACGGCGAUGUUGCUGACCACAUUACCGCCCUCCAAACCCAGAGACAUGAGGUACUUGACACCCCAGCAUUAUGGCUCGAUUCAGCUCGCAUGUCGUAUAUCAUCGCCACCACGUACAAACGAGUCUUUUGUGUUUAUACGGAUUCUUAUACUCAUGCAGCGCUGCCUCUCGACUGUCCGGCUAACAAUACCCCCCCCAUUUUUGUUUGUUUUGAUCCCAAUGGGAAACACUUUUUGUCCGUUUCUCUAUCAUCCCCUUCCAAUACCUUCCCUAUCCCAGAGCCGUGGCCAGAGUGGCACACCCUAUCUUUAUCCGUAGCACAGGACUGGUACAACAUGCUAACUCCCCAUUUCACCUUGUUCAAAUCUUGUAUCAUACCUAUACUUGUUGUGAAAUACCCUCUGUUGUACUCUCGUACCCCUGUUCAUCUCGAUUUAUUGGAAUCUGAUUAG